AUGCCAGCCCCAUCCCCACUCGAACUCCUCGCCUCCAUCAAUCAGCUCGUUCUCGCCCUACAACGCACCUACCUCCCCCGUGCAACUGUGUGCACGACCCCACCCGGCUCAUGGCGUCGACAACGACUCGAUCAUCUGUCUCGAUUGUUGAUCCGCUUACAACGACUGACGACGAGGAGGAGACAAGAUGCUUCGGAUUGGAUCUCGCUCAACACGCUACUGCAGCAUGUCGAGCAGGAUUUCCUCGACGGCUUGAGUAGAGGCAUUGGAUCAAGUUCGGGCAAAGAAGCGCACGAUGACGGGGAUGACCCAUCCAAUCCCCAAUACAAUCCCCUUCCCAAGCGCUUGGAGGGUACGACCCACGCUAUGCGCAACAAGUUGCGUCAAGUGAUACAAGAGAUUCAACAAUACCUUCAAAGCACUUCGGUCUCCACUCGCAAACGUCGACGACCUCGAGACAGCUUCAUCCCCUCCGAUCACGAGCUCGAGCACCCUGCGACCGGAACGACCCCUGAUUCCCUCACACUUCGAGAAAAACUCGACCAAGCAUACGCUCUCCACCUUGCCGUUCACGAUCCCCUAAAGCUAGAGCAACAUCGCAGGAUUGGACCUCUCCCGCCAGCCCCAGCCGAUGCAGAAGGGUCUCCAGAGGAAGGAGGCACCGUACCCUCCCUCUCCACAGUGUCUCAAAUCCUCUCUCGUCUUCCCCCACACUGGACGGAGACAACCCUCUCUUCACUCCGUUCGUCGGAACCCGAAGUAAUGCUCGACGAACUCAAAGCCCUCCUGUGGAAACAUGCCGAUUCAUUGAUCCCUUCCCGUUUGGGACACGGGAACCUCAAGCCUUUGUUACGGGAUACUAUCCUUUCUCCUACACCUCGGCCCUUGAGCUACGCGACAUUCAAGACCAAGGUCCUGCAACCCCUAUUCGAGCUCCUAGGACGACUGUGCUCCCCCGCUCGAGAUGAUCAAGCCAGAACACUAGUGGAACGACUCGACAAGUCCGAAGAGGUUGAGCAUGUCGUCCCCUUGACGUUGGACGCUCUGGUCCUAAUCGAUCAAAUGCACUUGGAUUUACGUUUCGCUCGAAAGCUCGCCAAACGCCAUCUUGGGAGUGAGCAGCUCGAUAGAUUGGAGAUGGAGAAGAAGGCGAUCGAAAGCGAACGAAGGGUGGUGUGGCAGAUUCUGAGGAACAAGGAAUGGGGCACCACUGUGCUGCCAGAGACUGGGAGAUGGAUUCGGGAACGAGGAGGGGCCGAGGCCGGUUCGACGAUGGAGAAGGGAAUUCGGAAGGCGUUCCUCGAAGCGGUAUUUGAUACAAGGGCUGUGGAAUGCUUCGAUAUCAAUUCUCCCACCUUCACCUCUACCACGAUGCAAGAUGGCUCCGCAAAUCAACUCCCGUUGACGCUCCUCGUCACAGCACCGAGGAUCUUCACCCUCCAAAACCACCUUCAAGCGCUCGUCAUCGUCGCUUGUUUGAACUCCAUCGCUAGCUCCAGCGUCGCGUUGGGGCCUACAAGUCAGGAGAGAUCAAUGAUGACGAGGAGAUUAUGGACGUUGUUGCGAGGGAUCGUCGAUUCUGAUUCGGAAUCGAAUGGAAAGGGGGAGGGGGAGAUCAAGUUGAUCAACCUCGUUGAUGAGAUGAUGCAGCUUCAUCGUGGGAAGCCCGCAGGGGAGAAGGUAACGAAAGAAGAGAACAUGGAAGAAGGUUUGAAGCGUCGAGUGGAGAGUGUGUUGAGGUAUGAGGACCCGGUUUUUAAGCUAUUCUCGAGGAGGCUGAAAGAGGGGGUUGAGAGGGAGUUGGACCGUACAUCGUCGGCGAGGUUGGGUGAGGAUCGGAACGUCCCGAGGGAGUUAAAGUCGGGUCGAAAAGUCCUCUCUUCUUCAUCGACUCCAUCGACUCCUUCAACCCCCAAACCCGAGGCCGGCUUCGUCUCGAUCAAAGGUUUCGAGGAUCUCCAGGAACCCCUUGGGCAAGUUCUCGUUCAACUCCAAGCAAUCUUAGACUGGGUUCAGAAAGUCUGGGGGGAGGAAUUAAACUGGACCCGUUCUGAGGUGUCCCAAGUCUAG